AUGUCGUGUGUACAAACUGUAUUUGUUGUCAUCAGAACCAUAAUAUUCACAGAUAUUGUGAAUUUGAUUCUUUACCUUGUUCAUGCUGGGUUUGAGCUUGAUAACUUUCGUCUUGAAAAAGUCCCAUGUGCAACCUUUCUGAUUGUUUUUUAUGUCGUUGCUCAUACCUCUGCUGCUCACGUGGUUUUUCUAUUUGGACUUCGGUGUUAUAUGGUAUCGGAGCCAGUAAAAUUCAAUCAGUUACGGAAGCGAACAAUUAUCGUCUCAUCUGCUGCAAUAUGGGUCCUAAGCAUAUUAUUCUCGACAUUUUAUUUUGUUCUACGAUACAAAGCAGGAAUACAGACACCUAGUUAUGUGAUAAUAGUAUUUCGUGUUUACCUUAUUAUUGUUCCUGUCCUGCUCAUUAUUAUUUUCCACGUAAAGAAGAUACAUCGUCUCAAGCACACAUUGAGUAAACACAAUAUUGAACACAACAUUAUCAAGAUGUCCCUUGUGACGUCAUUAAUUCUUAUCGCGUACGUGUCAUCGGCUAUUAUUUUCCUUGUGUGUUACAUCUUAUCAUUAUAUGGAUCUAAAAACAAAGAGGAAAAGUUUCUUCUUGUUGCACAACUGGCCUGGUUACUAAAUGCUGUGAUGAGUCCACUUAUUUAUGUUGCUUCUGCACUCCGUUUUCAUAAAUGUUUUAAAUACUGGAUAAAAGCUAUUCAAUCAUAUGCAUGUCUACGUAUACCUGAGCAAACGGAAGCAGGAAUAUGAAGUUCAUCAUCUGCAACUGAAUCCCAUACAUCGCGCGCGAAUUUAAACGUUUAAAAAAGGACCAAUAACCACUCUUAUACAUCUUAUUCAAAAUAUUCUUUACAUUCAACAGAGCAUGGAUAGAUGGAUAUAUUUAUGAAAACGCUGUAAGCCAACUUUUAUGGCUACAAUGGAGAGGCAAUAUCAUUUACUUGUUGAACAAAGCAUUUGGUAUGAGGUACAAUGACACUAUAAAAGUUUAAAUUUUUUAACUGACCUGGUCUGAAUGAGAAUAAGGUCACGGGUCUUUCUUGGAUAAUUUUUGCAGUUAUCCAUGCAUGAUAAAAUUUUCACAAUCAUCGGUCUCUUCUUUCAAAGUAUAAGAGAUAUUCAGUGAUGUAUGUAUAUAUAUGUUUAUUUAGAAAUAAAAUGCAGAGUUAUGAAAAAUAUUAUAACAUUAGUUCUUCUGAAAAGAUUGCACAAAUUUUAUACCUUUA